CCUACACCAAAUUCCCACCGGACGCUCCAGGAGCCGGGCUGAAUCCUGCAAGGAAGUCCCACCGUAGGCUUCUCCUGAAUCCCGCACCGAAUUCCCACCGGACGCUCCCGGAGCCUGAACUGAAUCCCUCAGGGAAGUCCCACCGGUUGGAGCCUGAGGUGAAUCCCGCACCGAAUUCGCACCGGACGUUCCGGGAGCCGGGCUGAAUCCCUCAGGGAAGCCCCACCGGAGGUUUCUCCCGGAUCCCGGGCUGAAUCCCACAGGGAAGCCCCGCCGGAGGCUCCCGGAGCCCGGGCGCACCCGGGAGCUGAGCCCCGUCGGGGCAACCGGUUGCCCCGCAGAGCGAGUCCCGCAUCCCGGUCGGAGGAAGCAUCCGGAUCCCGGUCGAAGGGGAUUCUCGGAGCCUUCGGGACCUCCAGCCCUCGGUGAACGGCGGUGCCUGGGGGAGUCUCCAUGGACUGAGAUGGCCUCGGAGCUGGCCAUGAGCGCGGAGCUGCCCACCAGCCCCCUCGCCAUCGAAUACGUGAACGAUUUCGACCUGAUGAAGUUCGAAGUGAAGAAAGAACCGGCGGAGGCGGAGAGGCUGUGCCACCGUCUGCCCGCCGGGUCCCUCUCCUCCACCCCUCUCAGCACGCCCUGCUCCUCCGUGCCUUCCUCGCCCAGCUUCUGCGCUCCUAGCCCUGGUGGGCAACCAGCCCCAGGUCCUCCAACCACCACGGCCGCUUCCCUGGGCUCCAAACCGCAGCUGGAGGAGCUGUAUUGGAUGUCGGGUUACCAGCAUCACCUCAAUCCCGAAGCUCUCAACCUGACGCCGGAGGACGCGGUGGAGGCGUUGAUCGGUGCCCCUCACCAUCAUCAUCAUCACCAUCAAGGUUAUGAGCCUUUCCGACCUCAACCUUUUGGUGGCGAGGAGCUCCCGCCGGCCGCCCAUCAUCAUCCCGGCCAUCACCAUCAUCAUCAUCACCACCUGCGCUUGGAGGACCGCUUCUCCGACGAUCAGUUGGUGAGUAUGUCGGUACGGGAGCUCAAUCGGCAGCUGCGGGGCUUCAGCAAGGAGGAGGUGAUCCGCCUCAAGCAGAAGAGGAGGACCUUGAAGAACCGAGGCUACGCUCAAUCCUGCCGCUACAAGCGGGUCCAGCAACGGCACAUCUUGGAGAACGAGAAAUGCCAACUCCAGAGCCAGGUGGAGCAACUCAAGCAGGAGGUGACCCGUUUGGCCAAGGAAAGGGAUCUGUACAAAGAGAAAUAUGAGAAGUUGGCCGGCCGGGGCUUCCCAAGGGAGCCUUCCCCAUCCACAGCCCCCAAACCCGCUGCCGACUUCUUCAUGUGAGCCCCAGGUUGGGGUGGGGGGUGGGGGGGAAAAGGUGUCCCCUUUUUUUUCUUUUUCCUCAUGUGGGGAGAGCAAAUCCCCUUUGCUUGUAUAAAAAUUAUUAAUUAUGAUUAUUUUUCCCUAUUAAACUGUUGGGGAGGGGGGCGAAAUUGAACCCCUCCACCCUCCCCACAUCGGGAUGCGGGGUGGGGUGGUGGUGGACCUGGAGCCAAGCCUGCAUGCGGGACGUGUACGGCGCAAAAAAACAAACCAAACCCCUUCUCCCCUUUCCCUGGGAGCAUCAGCGCCAUCCAGGUGGCUUUUUUUCCCCCCCUCCACACCUUUUCCUGUGUGUUUUCUCCCCAAAUUUGCUUUGCUUUGAUUUCUUUUCCCACGGAUCAGCCGGCCCCACCGCCCGCACCCCCUUCCCGGCCGGCAAACCUGAGCCACAUUUAACUUAUUCACCCUUGUAAAUAUGUAGAAAUUAGUUAGUUUUCUGCCUUUUCUUUUUUUUGUUUUGUUUUGUUCCUCGAGCCUAUAUUUUGCUUGGUGAUUUAAGAAAAAAAAAAAAAGAAAAAAAACAACCAAAAUCCUUUAGAAAAAGACAAAAAAAAAAAAGAUACACGAGUCUUAAAAGUUUGUAUGUAAUAGCAUGCAAAUAAUAUCCGAGUUAAUUUAAUGAUGUUGAGAAGAAGCCGAAUGCACUAUAUACAGGAAUCGAUUGGGUUAAAUAAUACUGUUUUAUAGAGAUUUAAAAUUAUCUAUGCUCUUAAAAAUAGCGGGGAGGGGGAGAGGGAACAAUUUUAGGGUGACCUGAAAGGCAAUAUAGGAAUAUAUGGACUGCAAACGGUUGGCUGCUAUCUCACUAUGCACCAGAUUUAUUUAUUAACCCUCGGGAAACGGAAUAUUAUUUUAAACCUUGGUGUUGAAAGAAGAAAAGGAAAAUGCACAUUAUUUCUUGUGCAAAAGAAAAGGAGAAUAAUCAUUCGUGCAAUUUGUGCUUGGAGUGAAAGCAGGGUCGAUCCUGCGAGAGGGAGCGGGUUUGGUUUCUUUUUGUUUUCUUUUCUUUUUUUUUUUUUUUGAACAAGUUGCUUAUUUAAAAAAGAAAAAUCAUGGAAAAAAAAUUUUUUUGGGAAAACCACAAGGGUUUUGCAGACAAAACGAGUUUGGGAGCCUGGUGCAUUUUAGGGACUGAUCGUGCGAAGCGUUUUUAACGACCUGUUGUUUCGAUUUGUGACGGUUUUAACGAUGUUGCAUCAAGAUAAAAACUUAUAUUCAAAUAGAGCUUGGGUCGGGUUUUCUCUCAACCGGGGGUCCCACGGCAUCGCCUUUUCGUUUCGGGUUUGCUGCUUCUUCCCUUUGAGUCCUGGUUUGGAUGUGAAAACUCUCCCUGCGCUCCCGCUGGGCGAGGGGGGCUCCCAGGGAUAAAUCCAGUGUUGACCAUCACUUGCGAGGCAGCAGCUACCAUCGACUCUGCCCCACCGAACUCUGGCU